AUGUUUCACAGACUAAUGUCUGUUCAGCAUGUUCCACAGACUAAUGUCUGCUCAGCAUAUUCAUACUUUCGUUUUACAGAAUUGUGUCGCAGAUGUUGUGAUGCUCAGUUGAACUUUUACAAGCAGUUCGUGACCAACCCUCAUUACCUGAGCGUGCUGUCUACAACCUGCCUGGACAAGUGCCCAACAGAGCAGACGACCAC